AUGCCGUACGUCAAACAGGAGGCGGAGCUACGGACUUUCAGCAUAAAAACAGAAGAACAGGAAGCUGAAAUCUCACAAUUUCCUUUGACUGUCAUUGUGAAGAGUGAAGAAGAUGAAAGUCCAAGCGAAGAGAUCGGAGCCGCGAACAUUUCGAGCGACAGAUCAUUUCAGCACUUCACAACAAAAGGAGAGGAAGGACCGCAACCGGACGGCCUCUUAGCUCCGCUUUCGGACAGCGAUGACAUAACGUCACAUUCUUCUGACUCUAAUACUGAUGAGGAGGAUGAUGACUUUGACCAAAAUGCUUCAGAAUCUUUAAACCAGUCCUCAUUGAAAGGCGACACAAAGGAAUGUGCGGUUGGGAAACCUUUUGCCUGUUCACUCUGUGAUAAAACAUUUUCUUGGAAACGUAAUUUAAAAGUACACAUGCGUUCACACUCCGGGAAGAAACCUUUUGUCUGCACUUUUUGUGGUAAACAAUUCACCCAUAAGGGAGAUUUAAACAAACACACACGCAGACACACUGGAGAGAAGCCUUUCGCCUGCACACUUUGCUAUAAAAGAUUUUAUAGGAAGACUGAUUUAGAAAUACAUACGCGUAUACACACCGGAGAAAAGCCUUUUGCUUGCUCACUUUGUGAUAAAAAAUUUUCCACAAAGGCAAAUUUAAACAUUCACACAAGAACACACACUGGAGAGAAGCCUUUCGCCUGCACACUGUGUGGUAAAAGAUUCGCACAGAAGACUUAUUUAGAAAAGCACAAUCGUACACACGUUGAAGAGAAGCCUUUCGCCUGCACACUUUGCGAUAAAAGAUUUUCUCAAAAGACUGAUUUAGAAACGCAUAAGCGUACACACACUGAAGAGAAGCCUUUCGCCUGCACACUUUGCGGUACAAAAUUCGUUAAUAAGGGAGGUUUAAACAGACACAUAAGGAGACACACUGGAGAAAAACCUUUCGCCUGCUUAUUUUGCGAUAAAAGAUUCAUCGACAAGGGCAGUUUAAAUAUCCACACAAGAAACCACACUGGAGAAAAGCCUUUUGCCUGCACAUCUUGUGGUAAACAAUUCACAAAUAAGGGAAAUUUCAACAAACAUGUAAGCAGACACAGUGGAGAGAAGCCUUUCGCCUGCUCAUUUUGCGAUAAAAGAUUCGUUAACAAGCUCAGUUUAAAUAUUCACACAAGACACCACACUGGAGAAAAGCCUUUUGCCUGCACACUUUGUGGUAAAAAAUUUGUCGAUAAGGGAGAUUUCAACAAACACACAAGCACACACACUGGGGAGAAGCCUUUUGCCUGCUCAUUUUGCGAUAAAAGAUUCAUCAACAAGGGCAGUUUAAAUAUUCACACAAGGACACACACUGGCGAAAAGCCUUUCGCCUGCUCACUUUGUGGUAAAAGAUUCACUCAAAGAGGAAAUUUAGUCAAGCACUCAAGAAGCCACACUGGUUAA